AUGCGCGCCCCUAUCCCCCUGCCUACCGCAGGAAAGAGGCAUGCUCCGACUGCUGCUGCUGCGGCUAUUGCUACUGCUGUGCCUGCCCAUGUCCAUCAUCUACGCUCUUUUAGAGUGCAAGCUGGUCCUUCGAUUCUCCUUCUCCACAGAACUGGCGUCUAUCCUCGGGCGGUCCCUGCGCCGAGUCCCCCUGCAACAGCGAGAGGCUUGCUGGGUAGUAUCGCCGACAGGCACGCUUCUUGCCGACAACUACGCUCCUUUGGUCCCCGCGAAGCUUUCGAUUCCCGUCCUAAGGACCCUGAGGGCCUCACCAUAUUACCAUCCUCGCAAUACUCCAGACCACAGUCGCGACUACCGAGGGAUCCUAGUUCAGCUGCAUUCGUCCGCCUCCAGCCCACAACGCGCUUGCUGCCGCAGCUUGUCUCCCGUCGACGCAGCAAACGCGGCUGCACGAAAACGUCACUGGACCGCCCGUCCGCCAACAAUUUCCCACGCAACAGCGGCGCUGCCAUCGACCUCGAGUGGUGA